GCACGCCCUCCCCUAGUCCAAAAAUGGAUUCAAAAAAUCAUCCAACUGAUUCACAAAAUGGGGAGUCUAAGGAAACACAAGUUAUAGUCGUGGUGGUACCAUUUCCUGCACAAGGCCACAUCAAUCUUCUAGUCCACAUGUCUCGACUUGUCGCGUCCUACGAUCUGCCUGUUUAUUUUCUCGGUUUGAGCGUGGACAUUGUCACAGCCAAACAACGCAUCCAAGGAUGGAACCCAAAGGACUACCCAACUCUCCGAUUCCAUGAGUUCCAAUCACCUCCGUCAUUCCAAUCUAUUACCAACCCAACCAAGGAAUUCCAAGCCUACUCGGAAAUUGUGGAUUCCUCAAUGAGAGCAGCCACGUAUUUACGCGGCCCAAUCAGGGAACUUCUUUGGGAGUUGUCGAGCAAAUGCAAGAGACUGGUAGUUGUAAACGACGCCCUGAUGGCUACGGCCGUGCAGGACAUCGUUUUGAUACCAAACACAGAGUCUUACAACUUCUAUGUGGGCGCGGCAUUCCACGAUGCCUCGCUUGUGUGGGAAGUUGGGCGAAAAGUUCUCCACAUGCCAUCAAUUCUGUGGAAGCUAAUGGGCAAGUUUAUUCUUCCGUCCGGGGCAAUAAUCCCAGAUGGUCUCCCAACCACACAGAGCUGCUUCCCACCUGACUUCUUAAAGUUCAUUGUGGAUCAAAGAAAAGGCAAUAACUUCGCCAAGGGUCAUCUUUACGACGCUUGCAGAGCUGUCGAGGGUCCGUAUCUAGACCUACUCACGAGAUGCUCUAAGAUCUUACGAAAAGGAAACGUUUGGGGAAUCGGUCCGUUCAACCCGGUAGUCACAGAAUCAUAUGAAACAGACAACACAACAAACCGGCACAAUAGUCUCGAUUGGCUUGAUAAAAUGCCUCCAAAGUCCGUCGUUUUUGUCUCCUUCGGGACUCUGACAAUGUUCUCAGACGAACAACUAAACGAACUAGCAGAAGGAUUAGAACAGAGUGGACAUAGGUUCAUUUGGGCAGUGAAAGACGUGCUGAGAGGGACAAAUAGCAAGAUCAGUCUGCCCGAAGGAUACGAGGAGAGAGUGAGAGGGAGAGGCCUGAUUCUACGAGACUGGGUCCCGCAAUUGGAGAUAUUGGAGCAUCCCUCGACGGGUGGGUUUUUAAGCCAUUGCGGGUGGAAUUCAUGCAUGGAGAGCAUAUGCAGGGGAGUGCCUCUGGCCACAUGGCCGAUCCAGUACGACCAAGCCCGGAAUGCCGUUCUAGUGACGGAGAUUUUGAAGAUUGGAAUUGCCGUCAAAGUUUGGGAACGAAGGGAUGAUUUAAUAUCAUCGGUGACGAUUCGUAAUGUCGUGAGGAGAUUGAUAGCGUCCGGAGAAGGAGAGGCAUUAAGGGAGAAAGCGACAGAAUUGGGCAGAGCUGUGAAGCAGGCCGUAAUGCCCGAUGGCAUUUCUCGCAUGGAGAUGGACAAUUUCAUUACUCAUAUUACUCGGAAAACUUAAAAUCCAUUCACACCAAUAAAUAAUACUACCUCCGUUCCGGUAUAUUUGGAACCAAGGGGUGUGGCACAAACUUUUAAGAAAAGAGGAAUUGUGUGAUUAUUAUUGAAUUAAUAAA